UCCAAGUAUCCUAAAGUAAACCCUAAACCAAACCCAUGGCGUCCAGGAGAUUAUCCAAGUCUGCUUCGGUAGCCAUCAAGGCUCAAUACACUUUUUCGAGACCCUCUCGAGCUAUCUCUGUCUGUGCUCACUUCAGCUCGCGUUCCUCUUCCAAUUCCUUUCUUUUCCGACCAAAUUCCUUUAUCCGAAACGGCUUCCCUUCGGUCACUCAAACCGAAGCUCAUGGCCAACUCUUCCCUAUUUCUUUUCAGUUCCCUUCUCCGCGCCACUUCGCAUCUUUGACUAAUCAAAAUGGAGCACUUGAUAACUAUGGAACUGAUUUAACUGACUUGGCUAGACAAGAAAAAUUUGAUCCUGUGAUUGGACGGAAUGACGAAAUUAGGCGCUGCAUCCGGAUAUUGUGCAGGAGAACAAAAAGCAACCCUGUUAUUGUUGGUGAACCUGGUGUAGGGAAAACUGCUAUUGUAGAAGGGUUGGCCCAACGAAUUGUAAGCGGGGAUGUCCCUGAACAUCUCUUGAAUCAGAAGUUGGUAUCUCUCGACAUGGGUUCAUUGCUUGCUGGUACAAAAUAUCGCGGAGAAUUUGAGGAAAAGUUGAAAGCAGUACUGAAGGAAGUAACUGCUUCCAAUGGGAAGACAAUCUUGUUCAUUGAUGAAAUCCACACUCUUGUUGGUGCAGGACGUAUUCAAGGUAGUGCAAUGGAUGCGAGCAACAUCUUGAAACCAAUGCUUGCUCGAGGUGAACUGCAAUGCAUUGGUGCAACUACGCUGACCGAAUACCGUAACUACAUAGAAAAAGACCCUGCUCUGGAACGUAGGUUUCAUCAAGUGUUAUGUGAUCAACCAUCUGUUGAAGCUACCAUCUCGAUUCUUCGUGGGUUAAGAAAGCGGUAUGAGUUACACCAUGGUGUUAAGAUAUCAGAUGGUGCCCUUGUUUCAGCAGCGGUUCUUGCAGACCGCUACAUCACUGAACGCUUUCUGCCAGACAAAGCUAUUGAUCUUGUUGACGAAGCUGCUGCAAAUCUUAAGAUGGAAACCACUUCUAAACCCGCUGAACUCGAUGACAUAGACAGAUCUUUGAUCACACUGGAGAUGGAAAAGCUUUCUUUGAAUAUGGAAACCAAUAAAGCUUCAAAAGAACGGCUACAGAAACUUGAGAAUGAUUUGAGCACGCUCAAGGAUAAACAGAUAAAAUUUAAUGAGCAAUGGCAAAUAGAAAAGUCUCUCAUUGCUAGAAUUCGUUCAUUUAAAGAAGAGAUAGAUGAAGUAAACCAGGAAAUUGAGUACGCGGUAUGGGAAUCUGAUCUAAAACGUGUUGAUGAACUUAAGUAUGAAACCCUUGUAUCCCUCCAACGCCAGUUAGAAGAAGCUAAAAAGAACCUCACAAAUUCUAGUUCACUAGUCCGAGAAGAGGUAACCGAUCUUAACAUAGCGGAUAUAGUAAGCAAGUCGACCGGUAUUCCACUGUCCAAUCUUCGGCAAUCAGAGAAAGAAAAGCUUGUUAUGUUGGAACAAAUGCUCCACAAGAGAGUCAUUGGUCAAGAAUUGGCUGUUGAAUCAGUUGCAGAUGCUAUCCGUUGUUCAAAGGCUGGUCUUUCAGAUCCUAACCGCCCUAUAGCCAGUUUUAUGUUCAUGGGUCCAACAGGUGUUGGGAAAACCGAGCUUGCAAAAGCUCUAGCUGGAUACCUUUUCAACAAUGAAAACGCAAUAGUGAGGAUUGAUAUGAGUGAGUACAUGGAAAAACAGUCAGUCUCACGGCUCGUUGGUGCAGCACCUGGUUAUAUCGGUUACGAAGAAGGAGGGCAAUUAACUGAAGCUGUUCGGAGGAGACCUUAUUCAGUGGUUCUGUUUGAUGAGAUAGAGAAAGCUCACCAUGAUGUCUUUAAUAUCUUGCUACAACUACUAGAUGAUGGAAGAAUAACUGAUUCUCAUGGGAGGACAGUAAGUUUCACAAACUGCUUUGUAAUAAUGACAUCUAAUAUAGGAUCUCAACACAUACUUGAGACUAUCCGCAACAAUGAAGAUAGUAAAGAAGAAGUUUAUGAAAUGAUGAAACAACAAGUUGUGGAGUUAGCAAGAAAAACUUUCAAGCCAGAGUUCAUGAAUAGAAUUGAUGAAUACAUAGUUUUCCAGCCUUUGGAUUCAAGAGAACUAUCGAAAAUCGUGGAGUUACAGAUGAUACGAGUGAAGAAUAGGUUGGAACAUAAGAAGAUAACACUUGAGUACACAAAAGAAGCAGUGGAUCUACUUGCUCAGCUUGGGUUUGACCCAAACAAUGGGGCAAGACCAGUGAAGAGAGUGAUCGAGAAGAUUGUGAAGAAGGAGAUCGCCUUCAAAGUUUUGAAAGGAGAUUUUGCAGAGGGAGACACCAUUCUUCUUGAAGUUGACCAGACAAGUAACAAACUGGUCAUCAAGAAGCUCGAGAAUAAUGCUCCCAUUGAAGAAAUGACAGCUUGAUCAUACAAACAUGAUUACACUAACUCUUUGUUCUAUGUAUUGUAGAUUUUUAACUUUGGACUUUUAGUGCUCUGUUAUUUCGAUUAAGAACUACCUGUUUAUAAUAAUUUGAAAUGACAAUA